GUCAAUAUGAACGGGCACGGACACGGUAGUUAUCGUUACCCAACGCCUUUUCGCGAAGUUUAUCACACUUAUUUCCGUGUUGACCGUGCUGACAAUAUAAUAGGUGGCCAAUGGCAGAUAAGCUCGCUCCAAUUAAAGCCAAUUUGGUCAGCGUCCCCUAACAAGUUCAGACUUUGUCCUACAUACAGUAUCACCACAUUCGCCAUCUCGUUGUUCGCGAGAACCUGAUGCUGUUCUGAUAUGUCAUUUCAAGACCAUGUGGUUCGAUAGGCCCCCACCUCGCACACCCCCUCAUUCAGAAGUUUUACAACCUCUUUCUUCGUGCCUGAUAGCACAAACGUUCCUAUCUAUUCGCGCACGGUCAGGGGGAACUAUUCAUCGAAUAUGUAUUUCUGCUUUGUAUCAGACGCACCUAGUUAGCUUCGCUCUUCUCAGCAAGCACUUCGCUUUAACUGUUUCGCGAAGGUCCAUUCUGACCCUGAUGCCACAGAUAUGUAGAACUUUAUCUAUCCAACUAGAAGUGUUCGUUCAUAUCCAGCGACUCGGUUUCGCCAUUCAUUCAUGUAUCAUGAGCUGUGGCGUUUCCUUUGUUGUCUUCCCUCUCUCUUCGAAGUGGGAACGCCGUCGACGUCAUGGGAAUCUAUUUAGGACCCUUGUCAUACAACCAGUCACACAUAUGCUCGACCCAAAAACAAACAGACUUGACCAACUGCGGACGUCACCGAUAAGCCAUCGACCGGGUCUUUCAGCCAGCCGCAAAAACGCGCUCUCCGUCCAUGAAUCGGUCAAACCUUCCAUCGGCUUCGAAGGUAACGAUAAGCAAAUUUUUCGUCUUCCAACCCGUACAACGCCGUGCGUCGGCAAUCGCAUUAAAACCGAGUCGCUGGGGUCAUGAGUGCUUUUAACACCAUAUCUGUAGGAAGUGGAAUCCAAUUGCAAGCUUCAACUAGGGCAGCGAACAGAUAAUCAGCCGCACAACCAGAACUGGUGUUCACCGAGCCCUGAAAAACCAACAAGCUGACUGAGAACAUCAAAUAAUUUCUGCCGUUUCUGAUCGACAUUUUUUUUUCACUCUUCUUUCCGUCCCAUAACCGAUCGUAGAGGUAGGUUCUACGCCCCGAAAAUUUGGGAUAGGAGAGCGAUGCACGUUUGCUUGCGAAUGCGGUGUAUGAUUUGGUAUUUGAGGAUAUUUAAUAUAUGCGUAACUUGCAAGUCUCAAUACCAGCCGCUUUGUCGGCGGUGGAUCGUCGGACAAGGCGUUUGGAAGCACUUCUUCGAGAGCGAACUGAGUUAGCCUCGACACCGGCCCACUUUGUCGGCUCGGGGAAACGGUUGUGGAUGCCAUCGUUGGACAAGGCAGAG